GCCGCGCAUGCGCAGAGGCGCAGUGUCACGGCACCGUCAGGAGCAGCCGCCGCCGCCGGGGAGACACGGGAGCUGUCGUGUUGUUUAUUUCACACAAGAUAAACUUUUCUCCACCAUGUCGGGAUUUGACAGCAACCCCUUCGUGGACCCAGUGGACGUCAAUCCCUUCCAGGAUGCCUCAAUCACACAAGCCACCAGCGGAGCCUCUGAAAACAUCGGAGAGUACAACCCAUUCUCUGCAACUGAAAUGUCCCACACUGGCACGACCAUCCCUAUCUCUGCUGGCUCCUCUCAACCCGCCAUCCUGCAGACCUCUGUGGAGCAGAGCGCAAAAGCAAACGCAGCUGCUGGCCAGGCUAAACUGAUCAAACAGCAGGAGGAGCUGGACAGAAAAGCAGCCGAGCUGGAGCGGAAGGAGCAGGAGCUGCAGAACAGGAGUGAAGGCAGAGUGCUCAACUCUGGCGCCAAAGAGAACAACUGGCCUCCUCUCCCCAAGUUCUCCCCUGUGAAGCCGUGCUUCUAUCAGGACUUUGAGGAGGAAAUCCCUGAAGAGUACCGCAGGAUCUGCAAGAGGAUGUACUACCUCUGGAUGUUCCACAGUGCCACUCUCUUCCUCAACGUGCUGGCCUGCCUGGCUUACUUCACUGCAGACGCUGCGAACGGUGUUGACUUCGGUCUGUCCAUCCUCUGGUUCAUCCUCUUCACCCCCGUCGCCUUCAUCUGUUGGUACAGGCCUGUCUACAAGGCCUUCAGGUCUGACAGCUCCUUUAGCUUCUUCUUCUUCUUUUUUGUCUUUUUCUUCCAAGUGGCCGUGUACAUCAUUCAGACUGUUGGGAUCCCCAAGUGGGGAAACAGUGGAUGGAUCUCAUCGAUCAGUAUGAUCCGGAAAAACUUGGCCGUGGCCGUGGUUAUGAUGGUGGUGGCCGGUUUUUUCACUGUGAACGCCGUCCUGGCUGUCAUCCUACUGAAAAUGGUCCACUCUAAGUACAGAAGGACAGGUGCCAGCUUCACCAAGGCCCAGGAGGAGUUCUCCACAGGAGUCUUGAGCAACCGAACCGUGCAGAGUGCUGCAGCCAGCGCCGCCACCUCCGCUGCCCAGGGAGCCUUUGGCAGGAGCUAGAGAAAUUAGGCAUCCACGUCCUUCAUGCCUCAGGCUAGUCUCUACUCGGACCAAUGCAGCCAAGUCCCAACAUACUUUGUGGGUUUAGGGGGUGUGGGUUUGAUUAUUUAAUGAAAAGGGCAAAAAAACAAGUAACUUAUGAUGAGGGGAAUUCUUCUCGAUACAAGACCAGCAGAGUGAGGUGCCUCCAUUCUCAUCUUACGAUACAGAAAACAAGCUAGAGGUCUUAUUCAAGCAAAUAAUUACUUGCACAUGUCUCGGUUAUUAUUGAUCUCUUUACCACCCUCAUCUGCAAAAUUCUAUCAAAACUUAUUCUGGAAAAUGCAGCAAGUUGAGUUGAAUAAAAAAAGGCGUAGAAUGAGGAAGAUUGGUUGUGACAAAAAAUAACCGGAAACGGUAUAACUAACUGGAACAUAUUUAACAUAGUCGAUUAAAAAUGUAAAUGUGAGCGCAUCUGCGACGCGCCACAGAACAGGGCUGGGGUUUACUGAUAAAGAACAUUUAUUUAAAUCCUGUCACUGUUAAAUACGCUGGCGGAAAGUAUUAGGAUUUUUCUAUCUCACAGUUCAUGUAGAAAUAACAUACUGGGGCCUCAGACUUAAACACUGCGAAGCGUUGGGAUUAUAGAGAAAGCGUAUUUGACAUGAGAAUGUUUUACCAUCAUUGAAUGAUGGAUCCACAUAAUGUAUGUAUACAUAUUUUUGUCAUUACAGCAGCAUGAAGAGCGUUGCAGGGUAACCAGGCCAUUCUGCCGUAUAAACACUUCUAAUGUAUGCACUACACUUUAUACUACCGCUGCCCUGUAAAAUGACAUGCUUAAUGUUACACUACUGAAGAACACAGUUACUGAUUGAAUUUCGCUUACUAAAUUCUUUGUUUAUGUGUGUAUAACGUUGCGUUUAAUAAUUGCAUAAUUAAUGAAGGUGACGGGAUGAAGAUUUGUCUUUCUACUGUUUUAACCAACUUACUGAUGUCAAUGAAGUGAGACAAAAAGCUCUUUUUAGGGCAAAUGAAGACGUGGUUUACCUGGGAUGGCAUAUUUUAAUUCAUGUUGAGUUAUGUUUUAUGUCAUAGUAUGGCGCCUUGCUGGGAUUAAAAUGAAAGACAGGGUGCUGGUUAAAUAAUGUAAAGUUACUGACAUAGUAUAGAACUUAGACGUUUUUACGUAGAGAAGUGUAUUAAAGGGAAACUUUGGUGUUUUUCAACCUGGACCCUGAUUUCCCAUGUUUGUGUGUCUAAAGCGUUAUUUGCAUGAGAAGACUUUUACCAGGAGACCAUAGGCUUUAGAAAUGAACCCUCACGUCUGUAUUUGGUGUGGCACAUUUGCACGGGAUAAGCAGAGUCUGUAUUUUACUAGAAUUCACUGACACCAUCCCCCAGAUAUGAUGUACGCAGUCAUUUGUAACUCCACUUUUCACAACACAGGAACACGACACAUCACCAGGCAGUGAUGUCCAAUUUUAACCCUUUGAAACCUGGGAGAAUUUUUUUUUUAUUUUAAAUAUAUAGGGAGAAGGCAAGAAGCAACUUAACAACUUGUGGUCAAAAAAUGAGUAAGAAACAAG